AGGAAGUUAAUCGAAUCGCCGGCGAGGCAGAAAGAGUACGUGGCGAUGGCGGAUACGGACCUGAACGCAACUCUCUCCGUGGCCGAGGCGGCGGUCAACGCCACGGCGAAGGUUCCCUCCACGCCCGAGGGCAUCGCACUCGCCUAUGGCUCCCUGGUCGUCAUGGCGCUGCUGCCCAUCUUCUUCGGUUCCCUGCGCAGCGUCAAGUCCGCAAAGUCCAAGACGACGUCGGACAUGACAGAGACGAUCACGAGCCGCGACGCUGCUCGUUUCCCCAUCAUUGCGUCCUGCACGCUCUUUGGCCUCUACCUCUUCUUCAAGGUGUUCUCGCAAGAGUACAUCAACUUGCUCCUCUCCAUGUACUUCUUUGUGCUGGGGAUACUGGCUCUGUCACACACGAUCAGUCCUGCCAUGGCUCGACUGUUCCCGGGUGCAGCCUUCGCCUCCCAGUAUCAGCUGCUCUUCACACAGGGCACUGGGGAGGCACGUGAGGAGAUCUUGAACUACGAGUUUGACCGUAAGGACCUCUUCUGCCUUGUGCUGAGCUCUGUCGUGGGCGUCUGGUACAUCCUCAAGAAGCACUGGAUCGCCAACAACCUGUUUGGGCUGGCAUUUGCACUGAACGGAGUGGAGCUGCUUCAUCUCAACAACGUGUGCACCGGGUGCAUCCUGCUGGGCGGACUCUUCAUCUACGACAUCUUCUGGGUGUUCGGCACUAACGUCAUGGUGACUGUGGCGAAGUCGUUCGAGGCUCCGAUCAAACUGGUGUUCCCCCAAGAUCUGCUGCAGAGGGGAUUGGAGGCCAGCAACUUUGCCAUGUUGGGACUCGGCGACAUCGUCAUACCAGGAAUCUUCAUUGCCCUCCUGCUCCGCUUUGAUAUCAGCUUGAAGAAAAACAGCCGCACGUAUUUCUACGUCAGCUUCCUUGCCUACAUCCUCGGCCUGGGUCUCACCAUCUUCGUGAUGCACACCUUCAAGCAUGCUCAGCCGGCGCUGCUGUAUUUGGUCCCUGCUUGCAUUGGGCUGCCUGUGCUGGUGGCUCUGCUCAAGGGGGAGGUCAAGGAGAUGUUUAACUACGAGCUGCCCUUGGAGGAUCCCCUCCCGGGAUCGGACGAUCCCCCGCAAACCCCUCCUAUCGGCAGUGUGGGGGAGCAGGGGGCCCCCACCCCCCUCCCCAACCCCGGCCCCUCCCAGUCCCCCCGCCGGAGACGUUAAUGGCUGAGGGGGAGCUCACGACCCCCAUCCUACCCGCAACGUAUGAAGAGACACCCCCGGAAAAAGCUACCGAGGACUCGGUGCUCCCCAAGGGGCCUGAGGACAAGAAAGGCGACUGAACCCGGCUCGCCGAUUUACUCAGUUUUUUUAUUAUGAUUAUUAUCGUUAUUGUCAUUAACGUUAUUAUGAUGAUAUUAAUUUCAUUUUUGUAUUAUUUAAACAAAAUGAAAUGACCCGCAUUUUGUAAUUUUUUGUCCGUUUUAAAUUUUAAUUUCGCUUUUCGUGCUAAUCUUUUUUUUCAAUCGGGCUGUUCGCCUUGAAGCGGGUUAGCUCGUGCGGAUUGAAGUGUUGACGCAAUGCAGUUACUGCUGCACGGCACCGUCAGUCGGAGAUGGAGCAAUGCUUUGUUUUUGGCCAUAACCGAAGCCUCGGAUGGCGUUUAAUCAAACGGCAGAGGGUGUCAUGAGAGAUGUCUUCUUGCCUGCAAAACAGAUGUCUCAUUCAAUUUAUGUUUCCAUUGGCCAGACAGAUCUCCGCCAACUCUGUAUCAUUGCCAUGCCAAGUUUCCAGGGUUGCUCGUAAUAAACUCGGUGCAGGUGACAAUU